GAGGAAAGAAACCGAGGAUAAGGAGGGUCUAGAAGUCUACGGAAUGUUGAAAGAAGGAAUAGGGUUCAAGGAUUACCUACAUGGACCAAUGGAUGCAGGAACAAAGCUUAAGGUCAAAUUCAGGACCGGGGACAUAGGCCGUCGAGAACGUCGACGAAGACAUAAGACGGUAGACGACGAAGACGACAAGUUCAAAUGUGACUGCGGCUUCGAAUGCGAAGACCGUGUUCAUGUAGUCGCGGAGUGUCAGUUGUACAAGAAGGAGAGGGAAGUGCACAUGACUGAGCUGGGAAAAUACAAGGGACGUACAGGGAGAUGUUUGAGGCAUGGAAUAGAGAGGAGAGGACGGUAGCUGUACUGGGGAGUAGGAAGUGGUUGAAAAGGCGGGAAGGGAUUAUCGUUAGGAUAGACAGACUAGGGAAGACAUUUUUGAGCCACCUUUGGGCAAAGUAGGAAGGAACGAUUGGCCAUCGGUGAUCGGUCCUGUGGGAACAAUGCUCCUUCCUCUCGAGGACGCGUGGUCAAUGGUCUAAUCGCUAAGGCAUGCAAAACAUAAGAGUACAGCAAGAAGAAGGCGGUGGCGACGGCGUCGUCCCGGCGGGGGCCGCCGAGGCCGAUCUCGAAGCUGGCGCAGUUUUUGGGCGGCAAGAAGACCACGAGGGGAAGCAAGGGGAAGAGAGCGGCGGCGGUGGCAUCGACGUCGGCGUCGUCUUCUGGGUUGCCGCGACUAAGGCCCGGAACGGAGGUUUUCUCGUGCUUCCGGAUGGCGGGAGGGGCCCGGGGGCCGGGAACUGUCUGGUACAGGGGGAGCGUCAAGGUCGCCCACAGGGACGGCACGGUCGAUGUCAGGCGGAGCCGGCGCGCGGCGGCGGCGGAGGGCCGCUGGGCGUGGGCGCGUGGCCGCCGGAGCUUCUUGAAGCUGCUCAGGCGGCCGGGCUUACCUUGCCGCCGGGAGCGGGCAGGGUCAGUGGUGGCGGCGGAGGCGGCGGAGGCGGAGGCGGUGGCCACCCGCAUGGGGGCCCCCCGGGGGGGCACAGGAUCGGUGGAGGGGCCAGGGCCGGCGGUACUAUUCUACGGAUGACAAUCCCGGGGAUGGUGGACGAGGACUCCCCCGCGGGGCCGGGGGUCCGGAUCCAGCUCAUGUCCACGCGCAGAGAGAUGCCCCCUCCGCCUUCGUCAUCGGCGGCGGCGGCUUCGGCGGCGGCGGCGGCGGCUUCGGCGGCGGCGGCGGCGGGGGGGGGGUCGGGCUCGCAGCAGCCGCAGCAGCAGGUCGUCUUGCGUCGCAGGGCCAAGGGAGGCAGGGGGGGGGGGGUCUAG